UGUUUUAUUUUUAUUUUUAUUUUAUGCAAUCGAUGCGCCAUUUGCACGUAAGUAUUUCUGUCCAUAACUGCGCCCGGGUGCUGGGUGUCUGUCAAAUGCCUGUGACAUUUGCCGCCUUUAAUGCAGACCGGACGCCCAAAUAAACUCCCUUUUGUUUUCACACGCCAUCCCUAUACAUCAUACUACGAGCGCUCUUAGCAAGCCCAUAUCGCGCGCGCAACGACGAACAGUGCGCAGACAUGAAGGUCACAAUCACCGACUGGAAGGCAGUCGCCGGCUGGAGGUGGGAUGUGCCAGAUGAUGACGUCUGCGGAAUUUGCCGCUCGGCAUUCGAUGCCUGUUGCCCAAGCUGCAAGAUCCCCGGCGAUGACUGCCCGCUCAUAUGGGGGGAGUGCUCGCACGUCUUCCACAUGCAUUGCUUGCUCAACCAGCAGCAGUGUCCGAUGGACCGUCGCCCGUGGGUGACGGCGAGCUAAUGCAUGUUCGAGCCCUUUCACUCUGUUGAAUGGAAUUCCCCCCCCCCAAGUACUUUUAAUUUGUCU